AUGGCGGAGACGUCGCUGGACGAUGCUUUUGCUGCCUUCUUGGAGGAAGUGCAGAAGGAGGAUGCCAGCGAGGCUGCCUCGAAGACCAAGCGUGCGCGUCUGCCCUCCGAGACCGAGGCCGCACAAGACAGGCUGCGGGUGGCCGCAUCGCUCAGGAAGGCCUCUUACCUCGGCAAGCUCUCAGAAGUGCGGAAGCUGCUACGAGGUCUUGCAGCCGUGGACCGGCUUCUGGUCGUAGAUGCAGCGGAAGAGGAUGGCUUGACGGCUCUCCACCUCGCAGUCAUCACAGGACACGAAGGCGUCGCAGCUGCGUUGCUUCAGGGACGUGCAGACGUCGAUGCUGCCAGUUUGGCCGGCGACACGCCGCUGAUGUGGGCAGCCCAUCAAGGCCGCGACUCCAUCUGCCAGCUUCUCUUGUCGUGGGGCGCUGAUGCCACGCUGAAGAAUGCUUCGCAGCAGAAUGCUGCCAUGCAGGCCGCUUAUCAGGGCUUCAGGCACAUCAAGACUUUUCUGGACCACCACGAUGCGUGGAAGGCUACAGGUGAAUCAGCCAAGACGCCGAGCUCCAGCACCUCAGCCGCUGCUGCACGUCGCGCUGCGAACCUCGCAGAGGUGGCACAGUCGCUGCGUGAGGAGGCGGAGAGAAAAGAGGAUGAUGCUUUCUGGGCCUCUGUGCGUGCACGUCGUGAUCGAGCUUCUGGCGAUGAAGAGCUCUUCCGCGACUUUGCGUCGACAACCGCAAAAGGGCCGAGCGUCUCCCACACCUUCGAGGAGCCGCGGCGCCUGCCAGGCCACUUGCGUGGGCCUUAUCGGGUCUUAGAUCUUGGGCAGCAAGGGCGGAUGAUGUGCGGAAAGCCUACCGGAAGCUCGCCUUGCUACAUCAUCCAGACAAGAAUCCUGACGACCCGGACGGUGCCAAGAAGCGAUUCACGGAGGUUGCCCUGGCGUAUGAGGCCAUUUGUGCUCAUCUGA